AUGGCGAACGGCACGACCGCUUCUUCCGGGCUGUCCUUCCCACGAGAGACCUUUGCCAAACUCACUCCAGGCCCAUAUCUGCAUGCGCAUCUCAAGCAGCCAAGCUCAAUCCGCCCCAAUGGACGCCAACUCGACGAACACAGAAUACCAACAGUCAAUGCUGGCUCUCUGACCCACAGCAACGGCAGCGCAGUCGUUCGGUGUGGCGAUACUGCCAUUGUCUGCGGUGUCCGCGCUGAGAUCCUGCUGGCAUCCGACCUUCCUCACCCGCCACCCGACGAUCUAGAUGACGAUGACCUCGUCGAGCACCUUGGAAUACUGGUGCCGAACGUCGAACUGAGUACUGGGUGCUCACCGGCGCAUCUGCCCGGAAAUCCGCCUGGUCCUCUUGCACAGUCACUCACUUAUCGCAUCCUGGCCCUUCUCCAUAGCUCCGACAUCAUAGACCCCAACGACUUGAGGAUCAAACACCUUGAGGCGAACACGGAUGAAGACCUACCCGACGAAGGACCGCGACAGGUGACGAAGGCGUACUGGGUACUCUACAUUGACAUUCUGGCCAUUGCGCUGGAUGGUAACGCAAUCGACACGGCGUGGACUGCGACUAUGGCGGCUUUUCAAAACACAAUUCUACCAAAGGCGCACUGGGAUCAGGAUCGUGAGAUGAUCGUGUGCUCUCCACGUCUGGCAGAAGCGACUGGAUUGCGGCUCCGGGACAUGCCUGUUGCUUCCACUUCUGCCAUCUUCACGACCGCUUCUCCUCUCAAGAGUGGAGACCAGGCGGAGAGCUGGGUCUUGGCCGACCCGGACGGCUUUGAAGAGGACGUGUGUGCCGAAACCCUGACGGUCGUGCUAGUUUCGAGGCGUGAUGGGACUAAGAGUUUGUUGAGGGUUGAGAAGAGUGGCGGGGCGGUAGUAACCACAGAUCUGCUGGCGAGAUACUAUCAAUACUGGGUGACGAGUGAGGCUCAUUCUGCUUUGGCAUAA